AUGUCUCGGCACGUACGCGACAUCAAAUGGCAUCACCAUCGCAUAGCGCGCAGAGGUCCUGUUGAGGACCCUACUCCCGUGUUGGAGAGCGUUGAUGAUAUCUGGACGCAGAGCAAUAUACUGCAUGCGCGUGCGGCUACGUCCACAUGUAAAGCAGGGGAUGAUUCGCCGGAAUGUGAACUGCCUGCUGGUGCUGCCAGCAAGCUUCCCCUGAUAUUGGGUGCAGCUGUUCCCAUAUUAGUGGCUGUGGUGGUCUUGUUGUUUCUGCAUCGCCGACACAUGCGAAAACUCAAGGAGGAGGAACAGACGGAUAAGACCAAGAGCAUGGACUUUGGCAUGGGCAAUUCUCAUGCGAGAAUGGCUUCGCUCAAUGGAGGGGAGAAGAUGGGCAGUCGCAGUCGUAAACAGAUGUCGAUGGACUUGGAUACCGUAAUCUCGCCCUACCUGAUGCCGAACGGACUCAACGGUUCCCACGACACCCUGCAUUCCAUCUCCCGUACGGUUCACAGCGUCGAGGACCGUUACGGUCUUCCCUCCGAGACCACCCCGCGAUCGCCCCGAACCGCAGCCCGCCAACGGGACUCGUCCAUGUACACCCGCUCGACCAGACAGGAUGACAGCCCGGACGGAUCUCGGUCCGACAUGGAUUUUGGCCUUCUCAACGGUGCCCAAAAGAUGCCGACUUCUUCUCCUCCUCGUGGUUCUUCCCUCGGUCGCUCGAUUUCGCCCGUUCCUCAGAUUGCAUUCCCCCCACGCGCCAAAUCUCCCGAAUUCCGAGGCAAUCCCCAGGAACGCCCUGGUCCUGGAGUUCCCUCGGCUCUCAAAGUCGGCAGUGCUGUCUCCUCCUCGGAACGCAGCGGAUCACCAUUCGCUGACCCCAUCAUCACCCCACCCACGGACAACAACAGGCCUAAUUCCGACGCACCUAGCGAAUAUGGAGGAGAAGGAAUUCAGUUCAGAUUCUCCGACGCUUCAAUCGACGAGCAAGUCAAGAAACAACCAGUGCAAUCGAAGCCCCCUACUGAUGCCCGCAAGAGUCUGGCUCCUGCUGCUAUGGAUGGACGCAGACUCUCUAUGGGCUCUAGACCGUUGCCUCCGGAUGCGAACCCCGAGGACACUGCUGAGGAGCGUGCCAUGCGUAUCAGGUCCUUCUACAAGGAAUACUUUUCUGGCGACGAAAUCACUGCUGAUGCACCUCCCAUGCCUGCACCCCCGGCCAGAUAUCAGGAUGAAUACCGCCAAGAGUUCAACUCCAACGGUUUUGAUGACACUACCGUCUUUGAUUCGGAGACGGGUCGUUUCAUCGUGCCUGGGUCCAAGCCAUUCGCCGAGCCAGUAACCCGCCGUGCCAUGACUCCUCCUCCCCGUGCGCCGCCGCGCUUCAUGGGUCCGGCCGCCGGUGGACCUGGAUCUCGUUCUCGUGCUGGCUCAGCUGCUGGUGGACGCAUGCCCCCACCAGGUCCUCGUAGUUUCUCCUCCGCCAGUGGGCAUCCCGGACAACAGCAGCCAAGACGGCCGAUGGCGCCCCCAAAGCCCCUCAACGUUAUGCCCACACCAUCGAUGCUCAACGAAGAUGCCUUCAACUCACCGCACAUGUUUGCGCCCCCUGUGCGUGUCCCUCGCGAGGAGUCGGACUUCGACAGCGGUCGUGGAGGACUCCGCCCGUACUCGCCCGCAUUCUCACCGCACGUGCCGCUCGCCUCGGCGUUCGAGGACCUGCCAUCCAUGCCCAGUCCCCACGCGCUCCGCAAGUCGACUGCCUUCACGGCGCUUGACUUUGCGCCGCCCAAGAAAUUCAAGAAUGAGGGUGAGAUGAGUGAUGCCGGCAGCAUCCACAGCACUCGAAGUGGUGUCUCGCAACAGCACACAGACAACAUUCGGAACGGUGCAUACCGCGUCUCGCGUCUCCCGACGGACGUAGUACCAUUGAAGGACGACAUGACGGCGGGUCUCAGGCCGACAUGGGAUCUUGGAUAUGGAAAGAGCGGAUAA